AUGUCAAAGUCGUGCCAGGGCCUGUUUGUGGAAUUUGUGAAAUGCCUGCGAGAAUCCGACUGCAUGAAGGCAAGCGUGGAGCAUCGUAGCGUGACGGAGUGCGCCAAGGUCAGCGAGGAGUGUGCGGGCCUGCGCUACACCUUCUUCCGGUGCAAGCAUGGCCAGAUCGAUCCGCGCACCCGCAUAAAGGGCAACAAAGGCUACUGA